AGUGCCAGUGGAUAACACACCAAUCACCACCAGCAAAACGUGUUGAGCUCGGCCUGGUGAUCGCGGCCAAAAAAAUCCUAGUCUUCUCCUCUCCCGCGCCGAAGCUUCCUCCGCCGUGCGUCGUUUUCCCAGCAGCGGGGUCAGAGAACCGGUGGACAAGAAACCUCUCCACCCACCCACCUCCGCCGCUGCAGAAUAGAAAUUGCGGCAUUGCCUCCGGCUUGAGCAGUAAUUGACUUGACCUCACUUCCCCUGUGGGGAGGCUUUAAUUUUCUUCCGAUCGAUCAUAGUAUCCGCUGCGGUGUGAUUGCCUGCCCCCACCCCAUUGCGCCUGCGCCUGCGCCUCGCUUCAUCCGGUGCGCUGCCCGCCUCACUCCCGUCGUCCUCUUCCUCGUCCUCGCUCUCGUCGCGGAGCGGUGUGGAGGCGCGCGCUCCUUGAAGGCACGGGGCAAGAGCGGAGGUGAGUGAGUCCGAGCCCCGUGGAUUGCUGGUUCGGUGGUCGGAACUCGUGGAGUAGCAAGAGCGGCGGCGGUUACGAUAUCUCACGCCAGCAGUUUGUCCUCAUCUACCACCCACUUCCCCUGAUCCCCUCCCCAGUACCCACUUCUCUCAUAUCCCCUCCCGCAUCAUCUCUCUUUUUUUCCUCCUCUUAGCGAGGACGCCGAAUUCGCGAUUGGCUUAGGCGGUGUGUGCGGAUCAAAUCGAGUCUGGAAGAUCAUCUGGGUGUUGGAGUCAUCCAGAGGCACAAGCUGAGGAAUGGGGCAAAAGGACUCCAAGCCUUCACAUGGAUAUGGCUACUCUUCUUAUGAUUACGGGAGUGCUUCAUCGGGAUACACCUCGAGAAACACUGGGAAUUCGUCCUCCAGUUAUAGCGUCAGGUACGCGCCUUCUUCGGAGAACAGUGUACAGCCGGAGACACAUGCCAGGUUGCAGAGGAAGUAUUCCAAGAUCGGUGAUGACUACCGUUCUUUGAGCCAGGUGACUGAAGCUUUGGCACAGGCAGGCCUUGAAUCUUCAAAUCUUAUUGUAGGCAUUGAUUUUACAAAGAGCAAUGAAUGGACAGGUAAAAUUUCCUUCAAUCGCCGCUGCCUGCAUGAUAUUGGAAACACUCCAAACCCAUAUGAGCAAGCUAUAUCUAUUAUUGGAAGGACACUUUCAGCAUUUGAUGAAGAUAAUUUGAUUCCCUGCUUCGGAUUUGGUGACGCGUCAACUCAUGAUCAGGAGGUAUUCAGCUUUUACCCAGAGAACCGCCCAUGCAAUGGAUUUGAAGAGGCGCUAGACAGAUACAGAGAAAUCGUUCCAACUCUUCGAUUAGCAGGACCUACAUCUUUUGCGCCGAUGAUUGAGACAGCAAUUGGAAUUGUUGACAGCACUGGUGGUCAAUAUCAUGUUCUUCUGAUAAUCGCCGAUGGACAGGUUACCCGAAGUGUCGAUACACAAUCUGGACAGUUGAGUCCACAGGAGCGGGAUACUAUUGAUGCAAUAGUAAGAGCAAGCCAGUUCCCCCUGUCAAUUGUUCUUGUCGGGGUUGGUGAUGGACCAUGGGACAUGAUGCACCAGUUUGAUGACAAUAUACCUGCUCGGUCAUUUGACAAUUUCCAGUUUGUGAAUUUCACGGAGAUUAUGUCGAAGAGCAUAGCAGCUGACAGAAAGGAGGCAGAAUUUGCAUUGUCAGCGCUGAUGGAAAUCCCUACACAGUACAAAGCAACAAUUGAUCUCCAACUCUUAGGCCGUCGCCAAAGAAUAACCCCAAGAAUUGCUCUGCCACCACCAACAAGGACCGCGUAUUCGCGGUCCAGUAGCUUUAGCCAACAGUCUGGUGUUUAUUCGCGAUCAAGUAGCUUUGACCAACAAACAAGUGGCGCCUCUCAGCAACGUUCUGAGAGCUUGAAACAGCAGAAGAAACCUGCAGCCCCGAAGAGACCUGACACUUAUGCUUCAGAAAGAGCUUUAGAGGACAGAAUUCUGUGCCCCAUCUGCAUGUAUAAAUCCAAGGACCUUGCAUUUGGAUGUGGACAUCAGACUUGCUACGAAUGCGGGAGAAAUUUGGAGCGCUGCCCUCUGUGCCAGCAGAACAUAACCACGAGGAUCAGGCUCUACUGAUUUGAUCAGGCUAUGAAUUAGAAAAAUCUUGGAACAACAGACUCCCGGGCAAGAUGUUCAGAACCAGCUUUGUUUGUACCGUGCUUCAUUUUGUAAUUGGUGUCACUUUUCUCGGUAGUUAUGCCAAAGGAAAGCGCACCAGAAAAUAAUGUACAUAUUUAUCUUCCAGUAGUACUGUACAUUGCGAGCUGCACAUAGAUCAAGGUUUUUUUGUGUGUG